AUGUCUAAGAUAGUAUCUGUAUUUGGUGCAACUGGUUCACAAGGGGGUGCUGUUGUAAACUCAUUAUUAAAAGAUGGUACAUUUAAAGUACGUGCUCUUACAAGAAAUACUCAAUCACAAUCAGCAAAACAUUUAAAAAGUUUAGGAUGCGAAGUUGUAAAAUGUGAUGUAACCGAUUCAAAAAAAGAAAUAGAGCAAGCUUUAAGAGGAAGUUAUGGCGUUUUUUUGGUAACUUUUAGUGCAUUUUUGUUUGAAAAAGAAGCAAUAUAUGGUAAGACUGUUGUUGAUGCUGCUUUGGAAGCUGGGGUUCAACAUUUUGUAUUUAGUUCAUUACCAAAUUCAAAGAAAAUUACUAGUGGGAAAAUUGUUAUUGAAGAAUUUGAUUUAAAGUACGAAAUUGAAGAAUACCUUAGAGACAUCUCAAAAAAGAAUCCAUCGUUUAAAUCAUCCUUUGUAAUACCACCUUUUUACAUGCAAAAUUUCGAUCAAGCCAAUCCAUUAUUUACAAUAAGAAAAAACAAAGAUGGCAACUAUUAUCUUGAAAUUGCUGUAGAUCCAAAAUCAAAGCACCCAUUUGAUUUAAUUGAUAUCAAUGACAUGGGUCCAGUCGUUGUAGAAAUACUUAAAGAUCCAAAGAAAUAUUCAAAUCUCUCAAUUUUCUUAAAUGGUGAUGCUCUAAGUAGUGAACAAAUAUGUGAAAUUCUCAGUAAGGAAACAGGAAAACCCAUCAUAUUACAAUACAUUCCACCAAAAGAAUAUGAAAAAGUUGGUAAUCCUAUAGUUGCAAAAAUGUUAGAUUUUUGUAAUAACUAUGGUUUUGAUGACAACUUUACCUUAGCUUCAAAAAUAACAAAAUUAACAUCAUUUAAAGAAUAUCUUCAAAAAAACACUAUUCAUUUAAAAUAG